AGAGUGAAACUGACCUGUACAGUAGAGUCUUAUGGAUGGAAGUUUUACUGGUACAGACACAGACCAGACUCUAGACCAGUAACCUCAACCUCUAGAUACUCCUACACACUCAGCAGGGUCAGUGUCUCUGAUGGAGGACAGUACUGGUGCAGAGCUAGGAGAGGAGUCCCAGUCUACUAUACCCUGUACAGUGACCCAGUCCAGAUAAAUAUUACUGAGAGACCUGUUGCUGUUCUGACCCUCCAACCCAACUGGACCCAGAUAUUCAUUAGAGAGACUGUUACUAUGAGAUGUGACAUACAGGGAGGAGGAGACACUGAAUGGCAGUAUGAGUGGUAUACGAAUGGUCAUCCAGUCUACUCUAUUACAAAGUCUGAGUACAGAAUCAGUCCUGUCUACAUGUCUAUCAGUGGUUCAUAUACCUGUAAGGGUGUAAAGGGAAACAAGAUCUCCAAGACCAGUGAUGCUGUACAACUGACUGUGUCUGAUCAACCUAAGGCUGUUCUGAGUAUCUAUCCUCAGUGGCUGAACCCUGGAGACUCAGUGUCUCUGAGCUGUGAAGUUGACAAGACGUCUACAGGCUGGAGGUUCUCCUGGUACAGGACGGUUCCCACUUUAACAGAGCAGUCCUACUCUUUUCAGCUUCUUCCAGAAGCAGGCAAUGGGACUACUGAAGACUCCUACACUCUGAUCCCUGCUAUUCCUACUCCCACAGGAGGAUAUGUGUGUAGAGCUGGGAGAGGAGACCCAGUCUAUGACACACUCUACAGUGAACCUCAGUUUCUCUGGUCAGGAGAUCUGCAGCCUUCAGUGUCUCUCAGAAUAAGUCCCAACACAACACAACACUUUACAUCAAAGUCUCUCUCAUUGAGCUGUGAGGAGAAGGGGAACUCUACUGGAUGGAGACUGAUGAGCUACAGAGAGAGAGGAGUAGAGUCAGGGUGUGGCUCUAACUGGGGAUCAACAACAGGGUCCACAUGUACCAUCAGCUACACAUACACAUGGUCCAGUGGAGUGUUCUGGUGUGAGUCUGGAUCAGGAGAGUACAGUAAUGCUGUCAACAUCACAGUUAAUGCUGGUGAUGUGAUCCUGGAGAGCCCUGUCCAUCCCGUGACUGAAGGAGACUUUGUGACUCUGAGCUGUAAAUACCGGAAAGUCAGCUCAAACUUCAAAGCUGAUUUCUACAAAGAUGGAGUACUCAUCAAGAAUGAGACCACAGGAGAGAUGACCAUCCCUACAGUAUCCAAGUCAGAUGAAGGAUUCUAUAAGUGUAAAUCUGGUCAAGGAGAAUCACCAGAGAGCUGGGUGACAGUGAGAGAGUCUGUGCUGUUCUCUCUCAAGUCUCUCCAGUCGUAG